GCCGCGCUGCAGUGAUUGGAGGACUCGGCGGGGAUGGUGUCGCUCCGCGCAAGGCUGGAAUGCGCCGCUCUGAGAGACACGGAGAGUAAGAGCGAACGCGAAAGAGAGAGAGAGGGCGACCGACGGACACACAGGGGUCGACGAGGUUCUGCAGCGUAAGUCACAAGCAAAGGAGCUAAAACCCGGGAAUUACAGCUUUUCCGCAGCGUUGUGUGAGACGACGACACGCGCGCGUCGACGAGAUCUGCGGAGGGGACUUUUCCCGUUGAUCACACUCCUGUCCUGCGCGAGGAGCAGCAGAGAGCCUCUCUCUCUGAGGACCUUGGACGAAAAGAUCCCGUGAAAAAGAGGCUUUAUCAUUCUGCUACGCUCAUCUACCUCUGCCUUCCGAGUCAACGUUUACCUCCCUGUUGGCGGCAGGGUGCGUGCGUGUUUCCCAGUUACAUCUCUCUGCUCUGCCCCCCACCUCCAUGAUGGGGGCCCCACUGCACAUCGCUGCGCUGGUGGCCUGCAUCUCCCUGCUACUUGGGGCUCAAGGUGGACAGAACCCCGACUAUGUGCUCCAUGGUACAGGGGUCAAAUACAGCUCAGAGUCCAAGAGGCGAGCAGAAGAUACCACUGUAGCCCCAGAGGAUGCAGCCCGGUUCCUCCGCUGCUACUGCUCCGGCCACUGCCCAGAGGAUGCCAAGAACAACACUUGCGAGACCAAUGGCCAGUGCUUUGCCAUCAUCGAGGUAGAUGAGCACGGUGAAGUGGUCCUCAGCUCAGGAUGCAUGAAGUAUGAGGGGUCUCAUUUCCAGUGCAAGGAUUCCCCUAGAGCCCAGACAAGGCGGACAAUCGAGUGCUGCCAGACAGACUUCUGCAACCAGGACCUGCAGCCUACACUGCCCCCUCUCGUGGAGCAAGGUCCUGACAGCGCCCACUGGCUGGCUUUCUUGAUAUCCAUGACUGUGUGCUGCUGCACCCUCAUUGCCGUCACAGUUAUCUGUUACUACAGAUAUAAGUGGCAGGCGGAGAGGCAGCGUUAUCACAGAGACCUGGAGAAGGAAGAGGCCUUCAUUCCCGCAGGGGAGUCCCUCAAGGACCUCAUCCACCAAUCACAGAGCUCUGGCAGUGGUUCAGGACUUCCCCUGCUGGUGCAGCGGACAAUUGCCAAGCAAAUUCAUAUGGUGCGUCAGAUCGGAAAGGGCCGUUACGGAGAAGUGUGGCUGGGCCGCUGGCGAGGGGAGAAAGUCGCCGUCAAGGUGUUCUUCACCCGCGAGGAAGCCAGCUGGUUCCGUGAGACGGAGAUAUACCAGACAGUCCUUAUGAGGCAUGAGAAUAUCCUGGGUUUUAUCGCAGCGGACAUCAAGGGUACAGGAGCCUUCACGCAACUUUUUCUCAUCACGGACUACCAUGAGAACGGCUCCCUAUACGACUACCUGAAAGUGACCACGCUGGACGCCCAGGCGCUGCUACGGCUCGCCUACUCGGCAGCUUGCGGCCUGUGCCACCUGCACACAGAGAUCUACGGCACGCAGGGCAAGCCAGCCAUCGCCCAUCGCGACCUCAAGAGCAAGAACAUCCUGGUGAAGAAGAACGGCACCUGCUGCGUCGCUGACUUGGGGCUGGCUGUCAAGUUCAACAGUGACACCAAUGAGGUGGAUGUGCCACUGAGUACGCGGGUGGGCACAAGACGUUACAUGGCCCCCGAAGUGCUGGAUGAAACCAUGAAUAAGAACCAUUUCCAGGCCUACAUCAUGGCAGACAUCUACAGCUAUGGGCUGAUCGUGUGGGAGAUGGCCCGGCGCUGUGUCACAGGAGGCAUAGUGGAGGAAUACCAGUUGCCCUACUACGACAUGGUGCCCUUGGACCCAUCGUACGAGGACAUGCGGGAGGUGGCGUGUGUCAAGUGCCUCCGACCCACAGUGUCCAAUCGCUGGAACAGCGAUGAGUGCUUGAGGGCCAUGCUAAAGCUCAUGUCCGAGUGUUGGGCCCACAACCCGGCUUCACGCCUCACAGUGCUGCGCAUCAAGAAGACGCUUGCCAAAAUGGUGGAGUCUCAGGACAUCAAGAUAUGAGGUGUCCGUUGCCAGCUCAGCUAAGCAGAGAAAGGACCUGAUUUGGCUUUUUGAAAUUAAAACGUUUGCAUAUUGCUUCACCUCAAGGAAGGGGGAGCGAGAGAGAGAGUGUGUGACUGGAAGGAAAGACCUUUCAGCGGUGUGGGGUGCAUGGUGUUGAACUUCCAGUGACUGCUGGCCCUCCAGGAACUGAGCACGGAGACGAACCGUUCCUGCAGCAGCAGUGCGGCGUAUUCCGGGGCGGCUGCAUUCUCACACUGUCACAUUGCUGCUUUCCUCUCCUCCACCUUUCAGCACAGACGCUCUGGGAAAUGGGAACGAGUGGCAUUGUGAUUGGUGCUUUCUGUGAAAGCCAUCCACUGAACUGGAAACGGGGGCUGGGGGUGCGGGUGGGCUGAGUUAUGAGAAAGGACAAUGAAUUAUUAUGGUACAUGUCAUGGAAACUUUGGCUGAAAAGUCAGCAAAACCCAUCACCCACAACUUUUUUUUAUUUUAUUAAAAAAACUUGUUUAUACUCUAAAUAUUUUACAUUGUACAAAGACCGUGUCUGUCCUGCCAUAUGGAACUAUUUAUCUGACUUCAGUUGUAGUAUUUCUAAAGGAAAGAAACAAACUCAUUUGCAUUUAGUAGAGAAGUAACUACAGACAGACUGCGCAUUGCCAGUAAAUGCUGGGCUUCAGCUGCACAAUUUCUGCAGACUGGCAAUUCCCAGCUUGCGCUCAGCACUCGGACAGCAGGGAGUUCUUUGCUGUGCAUCACGGACUUUGGCCAGUAGGAGGCACUCCGUAUCUUUACCGUGUUUCUGCAGUGGGGGGAGACUAUUCCAAUUCGAGUGCAGAUUUGGAAAAGAUUUGCUUAAAAAGGUUUUAUAAAGGUAUCUUACAUAUUUACUUAAUGUGGCUAUAAAUUCCGUGAGCUGCAGAUAGGGUUUGUCUUUUUCUUUGUUUUUAAAUCCAUCUCCAAAUUCUAGUCUUGAAAUACAGCUGCAUGUCUCAUUGCAAAGUUUUAAAAUCUGCGUACAGUUUGCAUGUGUACAUGUAGUGUAUGUCCAACACCUAUUUGUUUUAUGUAUUAAAUGCUGGAAGUAAGAUUUAAAGAAUAAGGGAAAAAAAAAAAAAACUGGCAGGCAUUCAAGUUGUGGCUAGCACAGUGUAAAAUGAACUCCCCAGUACAUUCCUGCUGAUUUUUUUUGAAAACAAAGGGGUUUGUUCAGUUCCUCUUUUGCACAUUUGCUUAUUUGAAUUAUUGGAUUGAUGGAUCCAAAAAACUUUACUUCUCUAUGAAACCUUUUCUGUUUGCCUCUCCACCUUUUUUUUUUUUUUUUCUCCCCUCCUCUCUCCCUCCCUUUCUAGCCUUCACACAUUAGCAGUGUAAAAGAUGUUAGAAGAGGCAGGUCAUGCCCAGAAUUAAAGAAUAGCUCUAUGAAGGAUUCCAGGGGUUGCCCAGCUGUGUGGCAAACCCAGUGCCAGCGCUUAUACCCAGAACAGCGUACUUGACCAUCCGUUGUACAGCUGCAGCGACACCCAGGAGAUCACUGGACAGGAGUGACAUUUAGAAGAACAGGUAACGCAAAGCCUGACACAGUAAUGUCCUUAAGGAUGCCAGGGGAUGUGCCAGGUAACCCCGCUACAGCUGUCAUCUAUCUGAUUCGGUAUGCAAGCAAAGCUGUAGUAGUGAUAUUCGGGGCGAAUUUACAUGGGGUGAAUGUGUUGCUCACAAUAACAAAAUAAUUUUGCUCGUCACUCCUCCCUUGCACUUUCCUACUGCAUCUCUUGUUCUUGUUUCCUGACAGAAAAGGCAACAGAAGACCUGAUAGGAUAGUUCGUAUAAUUUUGUCAAUUAAUCAGUUAAGGAUGCAUUUAGUUGCCGGUGAAGGAAAGCAGUGGCCUUUCAGAGGCACCGUGCCUCUUCGGGGGAACUUCAAACCUUGAGAAUCAAAUCAUCCUCAUUUGGGGAAUUGUACUAGAGCCUUCAUGUUUCAUUCGGUCCUCGAUGGGUCAUGCGCUUUUUAAUGUGAAAGGCCUGGUUUGAUUAAGUUAACUUAUAAAUGGAUGCAUAACUGAAUGCUUCUGAAGUAUCCAUGGUAACAGGAUGCACAUGAAAAACGAGUUCAGCCAGUCUUAACAUUUGGUGUCAGUAUUGUUUAUGCACAAAUUCAGUGUAUGUCAAACAGCUAAGUAUUAAAUAUAAAAAUAUUACAUAUCUCAUAGGUGCAAUCGCAUAGAAAUCGAGGUUUUUUUCGUACAUUACCUGAAAAAUGAGAUUUCCCUGCAUAACUGUAACCUCAUAUAAUGCAAAGGUGCCUUUCCCUUCUUCAUUAGCCAUACUACUGAUAGCUUGCACAAAAAGGUAUCACCAAGCGUUGCAUUUGUAAGAUAUUGACAAGUAAGAAUGAGGACAUAAACAGCCCUCUGAUCGUACUCACUAUGGGGAGCUUAAUGUCAUCUGGUCUCCCGCUAUCUGUGUUGGUUUUUAUGUCCGGCAUCCAGCUCAAAUCACGCAAACAAAGUCCCCACCCCACGGCUAUCAUUCACGUACAUUUGUUGCUCAUUUAAAGUGUUUAUUCAUAAGGAGGAAUCACUGUCUAAAAAUGAAUCUAGCUGUCAGGAAACAGAGUAUUGUUUCUGCGUAACACAUUUUGUACAGCGUCUCUCCCAAAAUGGUGCCUUAAGUUUACAAAAGAAAUCUGUACAGAUUGUCCAGUGUAUCCAGUUUUUAAGUAAAUCUUAUUUUAGUAUACAGUAUUGUGGUCUUGUCUUUCGUUGUGUAAAAAGCAGUCUUUUUUUUUCCUCC